GCGGGGAAGCAGGGGGGGGGGGGGGGAACGGGUGCUGGUGAGGGACAUCAGCCGGGUGCUGCCGGGUUUCGCGCCGCCAUGUCGGCGAAGCGGAAGGCCGAGGCGCUGAUCCCGGCGGAGGAGAGCGAUCAGCUGCUCAUCCGGCCGCUGGUUGGAUGGAACCUCAUUUGCACUGCAGUAAAUGUAGCCAUUCAGUUACUUUAAAUAACUGAGCUGAAAAGUACACAGAAAAAUAAUCCAAAUAAACGCAUCUGAUGUUCAGAUCAGUCCAUAGGCUUGAUUGUGGAAUCCACCCUGGACUGGAAGGAAUGGAUGCUCUUCCUUACAUUGAUUUGAUCGAUCCUGCUGAAAUUGAUCUUCUCCUAAUUAGUCAUUUCCAUUUAGACCAUUGUGGGGCUUUACCAUGGUUUUUGCAGAAAACAAGUUUUAAAGGAAGAACAUUCAUGACACAUGCCACAAAAGCUAUUUACAGAUGGCUUCUUUCAGACUACGUCAAAGUCAGUAAUAUAUCAGCGGAUGACAUGCUAUAUACAGAAACAGACCUGGAAGAAAGCAUGGACAAGAUCGAAACUAUUAAUUUCCAUGAAGUGAAAGAGGUGGCAGGAAUCAAAUUCUGGUGUUACCAUGCAGGCCAUGUCCUGGGAGCUGCCAUGUUUAUGAUUGAAAUAGCUGGCGUGAAGCUUUUAUAUACAGGUGAUUUCUCGAGACAGGAGGACAGGCAUCUGAUGGCAGCUGAGAUUCCCAAUAUUAAACCUGAUAUUCUUAUAAUUGAAUCCACCUAUGGUACUCACAUUCAUGAAAAAAGAGAAGAACGAGAGGCAAGAUUCUGUAAUACUGUUCAUGAUAUUGUAAAUAGAGGAGGUAGAGGUCUUAUUCCUGUGUUUGCCCUAGGUCGAGCUCAAGAACUGCUUUUAAUUUUAGAUGAAUACUGGCAGAAUCAUCCUGAACUCCAUGAUAUUCCUAUAUACUAUGCGUCCUCUUUGGCAAAGAAAUGCAUGGCAGUUUAUCAGACAUAUGUCAAUGCCAUGAACGACAAAAUUCGCAAGCAAAUAAAUAUCAACAAUCCAUUUGUUUUCAAGCACAUUAGUAAUCUGAAGAGUAUGGAUCACUUUGAUGAUAUUGGCCCAAGUGUUGUGAUGGCUUCCCCAGGUAUGAUGCAAAGCGGCUUAUCUAGGGAGUUGUUUGAGAGCUGGUGCACAGACAAGAGAAAUGGAGUAAUUAUUGCAGGGUACUGUGUUGAAGGAACACUUGCUAAGCACAUCAUGUCUGAACCUGAAGAAAUCACGACUAUGUCAGGGCAAAAACUCCCCCUGAAGAUGUCUGUAGACUACAUUUCUUUCUCUGCUCACACAGAUUAUCAACAAACUAGUGAGUUUAUCCGGGCCCUGAAACCUCCACAUGUGAUUUUAGUUCAUGGAGAGCAGAAUGAAAUGGCGAGGUUGAAAGCAGCAUUGAUACGAGAAUAUGAGGAUAACGAUGAAGUUCAUAUAGAAGUUCAUAAUCCUAGGAAUACUGAAGCCGUGACAUUGAACUUCAGAGGAGAAAAACUUGCUAAGGUGAUGGGAUCUUUAGCAGAUAAGAAGCCAGAGCAAGGACAGAGAAUUUCUGGAAUCCUGGUUAAAAGAAAUUUUAACUAUCAUAUCCUUUCUCCCUGUGACCUCUCCAAUUACACAGACUUGGCGAUGAGCACUGUAACACAGACACAAGCCAUUCCAUAUACUGGCCCUUUCAAUCUGCUUUAUUAUCAGCUACAAAAACUUACUGGUGAUGUAGAAGAAGUAGAAAUUCAACAAAAACCAGCCUUGAAGGUUUUCAAAAAUAUUACUGUGAUCCAGGAACCAGGCAUGGUAGUGCUCGAGUGGGUGGCAAAUCCUGCUAACGAUAUGUAUGCUGAUACUGUGACAACAGUGAUACUGGAAGUUCAGUCAAAUCCCAAAAUACAAAAAGCUGCGGUACAUAAAAUUUCCAAAAAAGUAGAUAUGGAUGUGUAUAGCAAGAGGAUGGAGAUCAUGCUUCAGGACAUGUUUGGGGAAGACUGUGUAAGUUCAAAAGAUGGCUCUGUCCUAUGUGUCACAGUAGAUGGAAAGACUGCAAACGUUUCACUGGACACUCGGACAGUUGAAUGCGAGCCAGGAAGUGAAGAUGAUGAAUCCCUUCGGGAAAUGGUGGAACUGGCUGCACAGAGGCUCUAUGAUGCCCUCAGCCCAGUACACUGACCUCUGUAGAUAUCUAGGAUACAUAGAAAAAAAUCUUUUUAAUGUUCAAUUUACUUGGACUAUUUUUUAAUAAAAUAAAUAAAACCUUUCUUCAGUAA